GCGCAUUCUGUGAUAUCUUCGCUAUACACUACAUACUCGCUGUCUGUGCGUAUCAUACGCAAGGGCCUGCGGAUGCCGAAAUGGCCCUUGUGAGUCUAUUGUCACAACUAUAUGUUAGAACAGGCCAGAUUGACCGUGCGCGAUCUGAGUGCGAGAAAGCGUUGCAGGCGCGCAGGCGACUACUAGGCAAACAGAGCGAAGCUUCCUUGGAGUCUAUGGCACUCAUGGCGCAUAUAUACGUCUUGCUCGACAAUCGCGCUCGUGCAAAAUCAUGUCUUGCCAUGAUACCAGAAGCACGCAGAAGCGCUGUAAUACAACAUGUCGAAGACUCCCUGGGCACGGAAGUUCAUCUCGACUUUUCAUCACUAAUGACUCGACCGGCCUGUGAUGACCCAGACCUGGUAACACAGAGCAUCCAAAGUAGGCUCUCUGGGUCGACUGUUGGACUAGCCAUGGAAGAUCGUUCGUACCGCCCAUUGUCUCUGUUAGUCAAAACGCCAGCUCCCAGUAUUCGGCAAUCGUUUGAACCAAGCCAGUCACCGCGAUCCAUUCCUAUUGCACUUUCUCCCCUGCAGACAGUGUCAACUAAUCCGAGGGUCAUGAACGACAAUAGAUUCAAAGAGGAAUACCCCGCAGACGCAAUAGCAGUUGAUGCCGCAUCUCUGUGUCUCAGUGAACCUCCAGAGGCAAACGAAAUUCCCAAAGGCAGACAUCUGUCUCGGAAAGACGUGAUCGCCAAGAUAGGUUGCCAACCCAGAGAUCGCAUCGAGGAAGCUGUCUGUGACGGCGACCAUUCGGCUUUGGCCAGUCUUCUUGACAAGAAAAAGGACUUUUGGCGGUCCAAGGUGCGGAAGCGAGUUCGUCCAGAACGUUUGACAGCGCUACACUUUGCUGCGCUCUUUGGCGAGAUUGACAUGGCACGGCGCCUGCUAGGCGCGAGUUUCAAUGUCAAUGAUGUGCCGUACGGAUAUUCAACCAGAUUGUCGCCCUUGAAAAUUGCCGUUGGCGCACGACAAACGAACAUGGUAGAAUUCUUAAUUGCCAACGGCGCUAAGCCAUCUGAGCCGGACUCAUGGUCGACUUUAGCUGGGCAGUUAAUGAGUCGUUCAUGGCUGCAAAAGACGCUCUCGGACGCCGAGAAAGAGUUUGCUCCAAACCGCAUAGUUGCCGUAUUGAACAUCUUGAUGAGACAUGGGUGGGAUGUAAAUGCACCGUUCGAGUCGUCCGGCGCUACAGUGCUUCAUCAGGCUGUCACUUUUUGGAUGGGUGACUACAGGUUCGAUUUAGACCUCCGUACUGCGGUCACUUCGUUUCUGUGUGCACGAGGUGCAAACCCUUACCAAGCGAACGGCGAAGGAAAGACGCCCUAUGACUUGGCUUUGGCCUCUGGUCAUCAAGAUUUGUUAGCGAUUCUUUACAAAGAUUCGAAGAGGAAAGGAUUAUACGAUAUGUCGGAUGAUCCUGUUGAGCUUUCUGGUUAAGCUUCGUUGAUUGGUAUGUAUGACGGUGGUGUAAUGGUUACAGAAUACCGAGUACUUUCGUCUGUGUUUUACGUUAAUAGUCUAUGCCAGACUUCGGACGGUGUUGGUGAUGAUAGCGCAACUCAAAUCCAUCUCUUCCCAAGCCCGAAGCCAAUGUAAAUAUAGUCAUAAGUAACAAGACACAACAAACCCGAAGAUUGACAAAGCCAUCG